AGUUGUUUGCAUAUUACCUUUUACAGAGUUUUUGAAGACAGCAGAGGCCAAGCGGAAAUUAAUCCGUUUCUCGAAAGGACAGAUGGCUCCGAGGCACGACACUCAGUUGGAGAAAGUCAUUGAUGAAGUUUUGAAGAGUGGAGAUGUCCAAGCACUGGAUGUAUUCUUGCAAAGGAACAUAUAUGAAGGGCCCCCCAUAAAAUGUUCCUUACAGUUUCUCACCAAAUUGGAUAGACUUGUUAGCAGGAGUUUGGAUCAAAAAGAUUCCAAGUCGGCCAGUUUGGGUCUUGUUGUCCUUUACAAGUGUGGGACACACCUGAAACUACCGGGUGGUUGUCGAGGGCUGUCAGGAUUAAUAGCCCAAGGCCUGCUGAAAAAGAUGGUGCAGUGGUUUGGGAAAUGCAGGCAGCUGUGGAUCCAGUGUGGCCCCCAGUGGGAUGAAACCUUGUUCAAUCUGUCUGAGGACUUCUUUGAUGCCUUAAUGGUGGUUCAUGAAGCAUGCAAAGAGGGAACAUGCAAAAUCACAGAGUCCUUCCUGUAUCCCGUUGGUCAAUUGGCAGUAGACCCCAGAAUCUACAUCCUGAUCCAAAAAGAGGCAAUUCGUAAAUUUAACUUAAUUCUGGACAAAAUCCCAGAGGCGCUUAAGAAAGAGAGGAAGAUCCUAACAUCACAGGAGGCCUCAGAUAUCAUGAUGAAGUUGGCUGGUCAGAUAAUGAAGGGUGGUGAUUACGACUUGCAGACAGCCCUGAUGGAGGCGUUGUGCAGAAUGGCAACUCCCGACCAGAGGAAGGAACUGGCCGAUCGAUGGUUCAGCAUGGAGCACGUGGCCAGUGCCCUCGUCAAGAUCCAGGAUUCUGAGUUUGAGACGGAUUGUCGCAAGUUUUUGAACUUGGUGAAUGGGAUGCAGGGAGACAGGAGAAGAGUGUACUCCUAUCCUUGUUUGGAGGUUUGUCUGGACAAGCAUGAGCUGCUGAUGCCUGCUGAUGAGAAGCUGGAAGAAUUUUGGAUUGACUUCAACCUUGACAGCCACAGCAUCUCCUUUUACUUCUCUUUGUCUGAUGGAGAGUCACAGGAAGGCCAAUGGGAAACAAUAUGUGUCAAUGAGAAUGAAGUCCAAAGCUACACUGUUACAGAGGAGGGCAAGAGGAAAGUCUUGCGGUUACUGUUGUCAGAGGUAAUAGUUGUGGGAGGGAUAGAAGGAUCGAGUCUUACCAUCCACUUCAGCUCCUCCCUGGACAUCCUGCAGGCUGCUCGCAUUGUUUAUGGACAGUGCAAAAACAAAAGCUUUGUAGGGAAGACACGCACAUCGGUAGUGAAGACCACAGUUAGAAUUAUAAUGACAGACAACAUCUCCCAGGUUGUUCCAGAGAGUCAGAUGUCCCUUGAUGAAAGUGAGAAAGAUACGGCCCCCUACCUUUUGCCUGCCCGGUGUGCAAACGUGCAGAUGGUGACCCCAACCAGGAUGAGGCUUUCAGAGUCCACCACCUUCAUCAGCAACAGUGGAGGAGGAAGUGUGCAUGCUGCCGGUUCCCUCUCUGCUGUGAUGUCCUCAGCCAAGGGUAAAGGGAAGCCAUCUCUGGAGAUGGUUCGGUCAUGUGAUAGGCAAGGUGAACUUUACCUGGGAGAGCUAAGGACAACUGCUAAGACCUGCAGUGAUGGCACAACACCUAACAGCACAAUAGCAGGUGGCAUGACAGAGCAGAGGGCUACAGCUCUACAGAGCAUGGCUUCCAAACAGUCCGAUAAGAAUAUGGUUGGCAAACACAAAAAGAACAUACCAUUGGCAGAAGCAGUGGAUAUGGUUCUAUCUGGACAAGGAGAAGAACAGUCUCUGGAGUCUAGUGUUGUGCCUGACACCCAACCCAGAACUGAGAGGAACAUAACUUUUAACUGGAACAAAAUGUCUGUUUCUGAAAUGCUAAUGAUGCCUACACAGACAAUCAAUUCUCUGCCAAGACCUGAGCCUCGUUUGGCACAGCAGCAGCAGGAGUGCCCGUCAUCAGCACAGAGAUUGCCACUUCCAGGCUUAAGCUCAACCAGCCAAAAGCAACUCCAUACCGAACUGACCCGGCGCCUGCAGAAGGUCCUCAGUGAGAGGAACCAAGAUCCUGCACCACAGGAGCCAUUGGCACCCCAGAGAAAGUUGCCUGAUAUCAGAGAGGACUCUAAAGGCAGAAGCUCUGCGGUUCAGUGUGCUUCAGUACUUUGUACUCCCAAAGAGCAGCAGACCCAGAGAAAUGGCCUCGCCAAAGGGAAGAGCAAACGCCUGAUGUCACUGGAGGCAGAUGCUGCUGUAACCAAAGAUCCAGCCAAGACCUCCUCAACCAAAGCUCGGCAGAAGAGAGUACCACCCAAUGUGAAGGUUGAAACUGAUAGUGUCCUCUCAAACAAAGAGAAGAGAGAUGCAGAGGUUGCAGGCAGCCUGGUGAAGCUCAUCUCGAGUCAUUAUGACGUUAACACUCGAUCCACAGCAAAGGUUACUGCAAAAGUUAUCACUCAGAGCUGGAUUCCUCCUCUUGUCAACAGGCCUAUCUUCAAUAUGAGCUGGUUAUCAAGUGCUAAAAAAGAAGCAUCAGGAGCUGUAAGCCUAAUGAAAUCAUACAGCAAAACCACAACUAACUCUACGAGGCAGAGAAAAGAUAUUUUUGCAUUCAACAUUGAUGCACCAUUGAGUGUUAAGGGAAAGAACAAAACAUUCUGUAACACCUCUGCCAUAUCAAGCAGUAGCAUCCAUGACCCACCAGCACUCCCCAGCACAACCAAGAAAGGACAACCUGUGGCAAAAGAGAAGCGGUAUGUGAAAAAGCAUCUGUUCAGUGACACGGACUAUAGCACUACAGAUGUCAGCUGGCUGAGGGAAUCGAGCAGGAAACCCAAACCCAAAGUUACCAAAUACUCCAGACAGGCGCCUGUCAAGCCUAGAGCAAUGUCACCUCAUACUUCAUUUGAAUCCCCAGAUCUACCCCCAGCCUCUCCAAAGCCUGUAAAGAGCAAAACCAAAGUCAACAAGAAGAGGCCUAACAUGAAGGGGAGAGUGGAGCAGCCAAACAAGGCAGUGAAGCCAGCACCAGCACCCAGUAGACCACAUGCAGCAGGCAGGAGGCCCCAGAGAGCUGCAGCCAUCUCUACCAAGAGCUACGUGGAGCCAGACACUGAUGACAGCCUAUCAGAGUCAGAGAGUCCUGCUGUUUCCAAGGCAAAAUACUUCCCUUUAUCUCAAUACUCCUCCGCUAAUCAUUUGGAGAACGCUGAGAGAACUCACGAGGCUGCUCAAGUGACAAAGAAAAAGACUGCCAGCAAACAACGCAUCAAAAGCUAUAUGAUACCAGAGGGCAGCCAUCACAGCAGCCACUCAGAGUCUAUGUUUGGGCAGCCACCCACUUCCAAGUAAUUCAUUAUUGGCCAACAGGGAAAGACUGAAAAGACCUGUUUAGAGGUUCCGGAGGUAAAGAGGAGAAAAAACAUUCCCUCUGAGCAAUCCACAGGUGCAUACAGGAGAUUGGACAGCAACAACCAGUCUGAUCUGAAAAAGCCACGGGUGGGUCUAAAGCAGCAGAGGCCUGAGAAUGUUCUGUCAGAAACUUGGAAGUUAAAUAAGAAAAAUGUCGUCCCUGCCCAAGAACAAAUGAGCGGAUUGAAGGAAUCCUGGACUGCCCGCCAGACCGUCUUCUGUCCGUCCCCUCCUUUGAUCGAGACGAUGAGAUCUGCUGAGAGGUCAGCCCCAACCUUGAGUUUGACCUGCUCCCCUCUCCUCACCCCGCGGGGAUCCCCACUCCCUGCCUCCCCCGACCCACUCUGCGAGGACACCCCCUCACCUAUCCUGCUGCUACCAAAACCUCGCUCUACGGUCAGCAGUAAAGGACACUUAAGGCCCUCCUCUUUCUACAGUGCAGAAAAGAAGCGCAGCUCAUCAAAGGGUCGAUCCAACCAGCCUGUACCCUCCCUCCCUUCACUGACCCCCAUCGGUCAAACCCCUGCACCCGCUGCUCUCGCUGGACCUAGUGCAGCAGAGAUAAAUCCAAACGAGCAGUGUCUACCCUCAGCACCUCAGUCUCCUUUUUCUCUGUCCGCUCGGCCCCUGUUGACAUCCACGCUUGUGGAACUGGACAAGCCGUCCAUGCCCUCUCCUCCUCAGUCUCCGUUCCUUGAAGUCAGUGUGAACCAUGGCAGCCAUUACAGCUUCAGUAAAGUGUCUUCAGUAUCUUGGGUUUCAUCCACUCAGUCAUCAGUACUCACUAGUGGAGUUAAGGACAGUCCCGCUGCUGCCCUUCCUGUGUCUCGUAAAAAAGAGAAAACUCCAUCUUCAGACCGAGACCGAGAGUCUGAACAGCUUCAUAUCUCAGGACCCAGUCGCAAGCGCCAUGUCUCCUCGUCCAGUCAUUCUGAGGAAGAUGAAAAGGAGAAGAGGAAGAAAAACAAGAUGAGAGGACAGCGCUCUCCUCGGAUGAAACCGAGGAAGUUAUUCAAGUCCUUCGCUGAGGUGUCUGCUGAUGGUGAGAUGAGCCAGGUGAUGUCUUCCUCCCACACCAUGAGCUCCAGUCACUGGGAAGCUGAAGUGGGGGAUGGAGACAUGGACAUGGAUGAGGAUUUCCAGUUGCCAGAAAUUGCUGUAAACCCGAGUAACCUGUGCAAGAAAUUCAGCUCUGAGCUGCAGAAGAAGUUCCAGAGCCGUUAUAAUAUGGUGGAGGUUUACAACAAGCAGUCCUUGAAGACCGUCCAACAACACGUCUCCUCCCUCAACACGCAAGUUGCCAAAUACAGGACUCAGAGGCUUGAACAGGUUCAGAACGUCCUCUUGGAAGAGAUCCACAAACUGGAGCAGGAUGACACUGUGCUCAAAAGCAUGGAGAAAGACCUGACUAUGAACUGGAAAAAGCAGGCUGUGGCUUUCCAUUCCUACCAGCAGCGGGGAACCAUGAGACAUGAGGCCUUGAAGAACGCCCUGCAGAGUAACGUGUGUCACAGUGUGGAGUACGAGGAGAGGAUAUUCACUUCCCAGAUGUGCAUGAUACGAAAUGACAUGAAGUCAGUUCAGGACAGACUCCUCAGCGAGAUGCAAGAGGGCGAGCUCCAGGGUGUGAAGAGAGGCCUGCAUGCUUUGUUUUUCCCCUGAUGGAGCCAACAAAGUCCUACACUAUAAACAAGGUUGUGUAUUUCACCACAUGAUGUACACUGCACUGUGUACUUCCGCUGUGCUGGUUUCAUUUUAAAGUGUUUGCCUUUAGUACCGAUUGUUCCAGGUUCUGCUUUAAUUGUACGUGGAUGUGUUGGUUUAUUCUGAAGUGGCUGUGUUGUUGCUCUAUGUUUGUUUUUAUUACAAAUGUCAUGUUAUUCUGAUAUUUAUUAUUUGAUGAAGUUUAUGAAUUCAAUCAUUUUUAGUGUUCUUUCAAAGUAAGUAAGUUCGGCUCUGUGACAUUUUCAAUACAAAUUCCUGAUUUAUUCAUGUAGAUUAGUAAAGUACUGAAAAGUGCCAAUUCAUUAAAACAAUGAAAUUGUUAAAUCUAUCAGUUGUUUUUAAAUGGGUCUUCAACCUGAUUCUUCAUUGAAAAUAAAACUGUUUACAAAAGAGAUAAGCCAUU